AUGGAUAAACGAAGCGAUCUGGGUAUGCUGUUUUACACAACAAUUGUGUUUUUGUUCACCAUGUUAAUGUGCACGCAGCAAGUGUUGAAGGGAAUCGCAACCAUGACUGGAGAUGAUGCACUGAAUCUUUGGGUAUCCAUGCAGUUUUUUUGGCUAAACGACAUUAUGGUCAGUAUACCACCGUUCUCUCUGCUGAUAUUCAACAAGGAACUCCGCCGCGACAUAUACAACUUCUUUCGAUGUCAAAGAUAUCAGCGCAGCAACGUCGUCUCUGUCUCUGCGUGUGAAAAUCGAACCAUCGCUACUGGCCUCAACAAGUUUUUUGAUCGUCGUACAUUUGCUCGCUCUACCUAUUGA